GCUCACGUCACUGGAUCUGGAUAGCUGCGAAACACGCUAAACGGUUGAGCGUCAGUUGAUCGUAUUUUGGCUCCCUAAUCACUAAUUUUGGCUUAUCUUCAUGAAAAAGUGAUGGAUCAGUCCCUAGAUGACAUCAUCCGAAAUAGGAAAACAUCAAAACCUUCCAAUUUUCAGAACCGUCUAGGGAGGGGGAGAGGUAGAGGAGGUCCAGGAGGCAACAUGGGUGGAAGAGCACCUCCAGGGAACCCCAGAGGCCAGAACAAAGGCAGGGGCAAGGGCAACUGGCAAAAGCAGCAAUUCCCGCCAGAGAAGCCGGUCAUCGUCGAUGCAAGACAGAAGCUGAUUCAGAAGGCCCACCAGGGUGAUGCCCGGGACCGGCUGGCCAAGAAAGCAAGACAGACCGAUGCCAGGUUGAAGCUGACAUCGAAGAAGAGGAGCGCGGAUGGACAGGUGGUGAGGCAACCGAGGAGUGGAGAGCAACUUGCGUCUCCUCCUCCCAAUGCUGCUCAGACCAGACCCCUUGCUAGAACGGUGCCAAAUUUGGGAUCGACCUUCACAGUGCGUAAUCCAGCCAGAGUACAGAACAAGACACAGAUCACCAUAAAGAAUCCCCCUCAGCAGGAAUCCACAUCAUCUCUUUCCCUGGCCACCUCUCAUCACGGAACCUCCCCUCGUCAGAGCAACAACCCCUUACUGGCGGGUAGCAGUACUCUCAGAGUCACCAAGGCUGUUCCACAACCUCAAAAGUUACAGAGACCAGCUGUUGACUAUCCACACUUUAAUGAUGACUUAAUAAGUGUUCCUCAACCCAAUCCUCCCAAGGUACAGCGACGCAUGCCUGAAAGUGUUAUGGCACAGAAUAGAGCUUGGGCUACUGGUUUCUCAGCCAGACUUCAUACCCAUGCCCAGCCCCCAGGAACAAGACUUAUCAUUUCCAACCUACAGAUCAGUGUAACAGUGGACGAUAUCAAGGAAUUGUUUGGAGCAAUUGGUGAACUGACCAAGACGAGGAUGGUGAAACCAGGUCUAGCUGAAGUGGUCUAUGUCAGCAGGACUGAUGCCAUUCAGGCGAUAAGCACAUAUCACAACCGAGAGCUUGACGGAAAACCCAUGCUCUGCAAAUUGGACACGAGUACCGUUCCCGAAGCAUCUGGGAACAGGACUAUGCCUAAUUCACUCAGCGACAGAUUCAAGGGCAUGAGACCUGAGAACAAUCCUAAGUUACCAUUUGAAAGCAUGCCCAAAGGAACUGUACCCUCAGGCAUUGAUCCGGGAGUCGUCCAGAAAGCCCUCUUCAAGAAAGGAGCGACCCCCUCAGCACAGAAACCAGUGGUUUUCACCGUCAAAAUAUGACUUUUUACUAAUAGACCCGAGUCAACGUACAGACAUCAAGUCUGUUAUUUUCAUCUUUUUUUUCUUCUGUCUCUUUUUAGAAUUCAAAUGAAAAUACUACAAAAUCUAUUUAGAAAGGGAGAAAUGGCCUUAUGUAGACUUCAGUGUUAUAGGCUUGUCAGAGCUCAUGAAGAACAUGUGUGUAUUGAUUAGAAACACUUGGAGGCAGCCCUGACACGCUCCGGACUGGGUGAAAGCGAUUAGCGAUUAGAUAGGACAUAAUUAAUGUUUGGGAGAUGCGUUGGAAUGUACUAGUAUUGAACCGUAGAGAACCUCAAAUUCUUACACAGUUCAGUCGUAACGUUGCAUGUACAUGUAGAUAAGAUAACAAAGAAAUAUACACCAUUUCACCUCCCCCCCUUCCCCCCCCCCCCCCCCCCCCCCCCUC